UGUCUGUCACAGCUCCGGGCUACGCUCCCCGGACUGGACGUGCAUUUUUGUUUUUCUGGGAUUGGACGGACGGUAGUGCAACCCGGGAACUUUGUAAGUGGGAGUUCCUCCCGGAGUUCCCGCGCCCGGAGAUCGCAGAAAACUCCGGGGGCUGAGAGUUACUCAGCCCCGGACAAUCGGCUGUUUGGCGAGUCCCCGCCGGGCGAGGGCUGCCUUAGCAGGGCCAGCUACGGGGCCGUCCCUCGCGGGUCCGACUCCUCUGCCGCUGCCGCUCACUUGCCAGCUUUAUACAGUGGCAGGGAUCAAACGGGGCUAGAACGAGGAACGGCUAAUUCCGCAGAGCCGGGGAUUGGGAGGAGAAAGGACUUGAACGAGGGCCCUUGUUCUGCAUCCUCCCAGGAGGGGCAAAGGCAGGACCCUCUAGUACUGUACGGGCGCACUCUACGAGUGGCGGCCCUGCCUUAGCCUAGUUUUCAGCUUACUGAUAAGGCCCAUGUGGCACUGAAGUUGUUUGGGAGGACGGCUUCUCUGGGUACCACCGGAGCAUCCGGCACCACCCUCAGAACUGGCCUUUCCCGGGCGCUGCCCAGCCUCCAGUCCGCGGAGUCCCCCGAGGCUUCCUGAGGACCCCGGGAAAGGGCUGCUUGGCCCACUGUAUUGUGGGCCACCCAAUUCUGCCACCCAUCUCGGGGGCCGGAGGCUUAUCUUUAUUCUUAGGGAGACAUCCAGGAUCAUCCGCUAUGGGUGGGCAACCAGUGCUUGAGCAUCCACCACCUCCUUCCUGUGGGAUAGCUAAUGCCAGGGGCCUUUCAGGGUGAGAAGCAUCGGGCAGCAGUGCCCUUUGGGGGGCAUCACGCCCCAGCUACGGCGGGGGUUCUUGUGCCAGCCGUCUACCGUGGCCAAGCUUCCAUUACUAUUUUUUUGGGGGGGUUAUUCGGGGCUAGUUGCCAUCACAAGAGAAAGGGGGGAAGCUCCACUUUCCUUCUUUAGGAGUCAUUCAGAGCUGCAGCCCUUGUGGGGACGGGUACCACCAUUUAGUGUUUACGGCUCCCUGGGUGCCAAGGGCGUAGUAAAGUAGUUUCAAAGCCUUGUGUCUAGCACUAGCAUCCCACUCCUUAUCCCCUCUUAGGAAGUGAUGGCUCAUUUGCAUGAUAUCGCGGGAUCAGGACUCUUGGCGAAAGUGCGAAUUUCAAUUGUGGCGCGGAGAGCCACUUCGCGCGCCAUUGCUAGUUGACACCGCCUUUCCCUGGGCCUCUUCCAAUGGGAUUGAGCGGGGCGGGGCGUGUAAGGCAAAGCUAGCCAAUAACGAGUGCGGAGGCUUCGGGACUAGACUGAGGGGAAGUGGGUCCGGAGUGGAGAGGCAUGGGGAGCUACCACCAUGUGGAUCCAGGUUCGCACCAUGGAUGGCAAGGAGACCCACCGGGUAGACUCUCUCUCUAAGCUCACCAAGGUGGAAGAGCUAAGGUUGAAAAUCCAGGAAGUGUUCACGGUGGAACCAGGGAGACAAAGGCUUUUUUAUCGGGGCAAACAGAUGGAAGAUGGGCACUCCCUUUUUGACUAUAAUGUUGGUCUAAAUGACAUUGUUCAGCUGCUAGUGAGACAAAGCCCAGCUGUACUUUCUGUUCCUAGUAAAGAAAAGGAUUCUGAACUUUCUGAUACUGAUUCAGGCUGUUGCUCAGGGCAGAGCGAAUCUGAUAAGAGUUCCAAUCAUGGUGAAGGAGCCCUGGAAAUUGAUGGGCAACCUGGCCCAGCUGCUCCAACAGAUUGGAUUGAUCCAGGAUUUGGCCUCUAUAAGAUUAAUGAAUAUGUAGAUGCCCGAGAUAUGAACAUGGGAGCAUGGUUUGAAGCCAUAUUGGUAAAUGUUACAAGGAAAGAAAGAGCAGAAGCCAGCAAAUCCAGUGACAUUGAAAAUGGCCAAGUGCCUGAAGAGGAUGUUAUCUAUCAUGUGAAAUAUGAAGACUAUCCAGAAAAUGGUGUUGUAAAGUUGAGUUCAAAAGAUGUAAGAGCUCGAGCCCGGACGAUACUGAAAUGGCAUCAGUUGGAAGUUGGACAAAUUGUAAUGGUGAACUAUAAUCCUGAUGAACCCAAGGAGAGGGGCUUCUGGUAUGAUGCUGAGAUCCUUCGAAAACGGGAAACGAGGACUGUUAAAGAGAUCUAUGCAAAUUUACUGCUUGGGGACGCGGGUGAUUCUCUGAAUGAUUGUAGAAUAACUUUUGUGGAUGAAGUUUACAAAAUUGAGGAACCUGGCAGUGUGAGCCCGGUUGGUUUCGAAAAUCCUUUGAAAAGACAGAGUGGCCCCAUUUGCAAGCACUGUAAAGAUAACCCCAAUAAGACCUGCAGAAUGUGUGCCUGCUAUGUGUGUGGAGGAAAGCAAGACCCUGACAAGCAGCUGAUGUGUGAUGAGUGUGACAUGGCUUUCCACAUCUAUUGCCUCAACCCCCCACUGAGCCGGAUUCCGGAUGAUGAGGACUGGUAUUGCCCUGAAUGUCGGAAUGAUGCUAGUGAAGUGGUCUUGGCUGGGGAGAAGUUAAAAGAGAGCAAAAAGAAGGCAAAGAUGGCAUCUGCUACAUCAUCAUCUCAAAGAGAUUGGGGCAAGGGUAUGGCAUGUGUGGGUCGCACAAGGGAGUGCACGAUUGUGCCUUCUAAUCAUUAUGGACCAAUCCCUGGAAUUCCUGUUGGUACCAUGUGGAAGUUCAGAGUACAGGUGAGUGAGUCUGGUGUCCAUAGGCCCCAUGUGGCAGGUAUACAUGGCAGAAGCAAUGAUGGCGCCUACUCCCUGGUCCUAGCAGGGGGCUAUGAAGAUGAUGUGGACCAUGGCAACUCUUUCACUUAUACAGGCAGUGGGGGCAGAGAUCUUUCUGGCAACAAACGGACUGCAGAGCAGUCCUGUGAUCAGAAACUUACCAACAUGAACAGAGCUCUGGCUUUGAACUGCAGUGCUCCUAUCAAUGACCGAGGUGGAGCUGAAGCCAAGGACUGGCGAGCUGGGAAGCCAGUCAGAGUGGUGAGGAACGUUAAAGGAGGGAAACACAGUAAAUAUGCCCCAGCUGAAGGGAAUCGAUAUGAUGGCAUAUAUAAGGUAGUGAAGUAUUGGCCUGAAAAAGGAAAAUCUGGUUUCCUUGUGUGGCGAUACCUCCUCAGGAGGGAUGAUGAUGAACCUGGUCCAUGGACAAGGGAAGGGAAAGACAGGAUGAAGAAACUUGGCUUAACAAUGCAGUAUCCUGAAGGAUAUUUGGAAGCAGUUGCUAACAAAGAGAAGGAAAAAGAAAAUAAUAAGAGUGAUGAAGAGGAAUUGACAUCCCCAAGGAAAGGAAAAGGGAAAAGGAAAAGGAAGUCAACAGGGGGCAGGGAGACCUUUCUGGCCUCUCUUAGUACAGUGUCCAAGAAGACUAAAGUGGAGCCAUAUAAGCUCACCUCCCAGCAGAAGACUCUCAUUAAGAAUGAUGAAUCCAAUGAAAAACUGUGGAACGAAGUAUUGGGUGCACUGAAGGAUGGGCCGAAAUUUCUGAAUAAAGUGGAAGAAACAUUCCUGUGUAUUUGCUGUCAAGAGGUUGUGUUUCGGCCAAUUACCACUGUGUGUCAGCAUAAUGUUUGCAAGGAUUGUUUGGACCGAUCCUUCCGAGCCGAGGUGUACAGUUGCCCAGCUUGUCGGUAUGAUCUGGGUAAAUCUUAUACUAUGCAAGUGAAUCAGCCACUGCAAACCAUCCUCAGUCAGCUCUUCCCAGGAUACGGCAAUGGGCGGUGAUUCUGUCAAGCACUUCUUUCUUACUUUGAUGAUAAAACUUGGCAGUGGGUUUUCCAGUAGGUUUAAUUUAAACACAUUAGCUUCAACUUUUCUCUGAAAAAGAUUUGUCUUCCCCACCAUUUUUAAAAGUGUAUAAACUUUGAGGGAUUUAUUUUAUAUGUGUUGUGGCUUUUAAAAAAAAUGUUGAAUACUGCAUUCAGUUUUUUUUUUUUUUUUUAAACCUGCAGUUUAUCAGCAUAAAUUUUCCUACUUUUAGUAAAGGCUGCUAAUGAACCUGACAUUGAGUUCUUAAAAGUUCUCUCUCAUGUAGAAUGUGGCUCGGUUGCUAGAACAAUCUUUGUAAAGUCUGUGGAUUUGGCCUCAGAGGUAGAAAUAUGCUCAACUCUGGCAAUAUUUUGAUGUUCAAAUUCUCUAAGAUGGUGUUUUUGGACCUCUUGCUUAGAUGAUUGAGAAGUUGUUUGAAGAAAAAAAAAUCUUACUUAAAAUUGGUUAAGCUCUUUUUCAAGGCCAUUCUCUACCAGUUUACUUUUAUGUUUAAAAUAAGUAUAAAAAAGCUCUCGGCCUGCAUUUAACUAAGUGCUCGGGGCAGUACAGAAUGCUACCUCAGCUGGACACUUCUUUUACCAAGGGAACUGGUUGUUCAGCCAGAUGCUGUCUCUGAUCCAGAAUGCCAUUGUGGAGCAUACUAGAGCCAUUCUUAAGUGCCUUUGGUCCGUUUCUAAAAGACUGGGUUCUUUUUAGCACUGAAAUGUUGAAAUUGCCAACCAGAUUAUAUUUCUUCCUUUGAAAAUGGAACACUGUAGCCAAAUGUCAUUAGUAUGGCAUUGCAAACCUUGAAACUCUUUUCUUUGCUAGGGUGCAUUUUGGUAAGAUUAAUUUCCUUUAUCAUUAUUUUCAAAUGCAUAUCCAUUUCAAAAUGGAGAAUUAUAUAAGCGAGGAAGUUUUUCUUUUUAAAGACACUUUUCCAAAUGAAAUUUUUUCAGUUACUGUAUAUGAACCAAGAAAGAUGACUUAGUUUUAGGGGAUUUUUGUUUGUUUUUGUGAAUGGAUUUUCAGUUUUUCUGACAGUACCAAUGUUUGCAGUUUAAUACCUCAAUGUAACAGGGAUAUUUUAACUUGCUUAACUGCAGACAGACUGGAUUGAUAUAUAUAUAUAUAUUUUUUUUGUGUAAAACUCUUUCCUUAUGGUAGAAUAUUAAUAAAUAGGAUAAAAACAAUGAAACAUUGUGUAGGCUUUUUCUAAAAAAGUUCAGAUGUUUUUUGUACAUGUGCAGAUUUUAAGUUCUCAAAAUAAAUGCGUUUAAA